GUGGUACCAGUGUACCCAUGGAGACCAGAGAGAAGACUGUAUCCCUGUGAAGACUAUUAUUAUAAAAUCCACGUUUUAGUUCCACGUGAAAUACUGAAGCUAAAAGAUAGAUUUUGUUAUAAAUAGUCUGUAUAAUUAAAUUCAGUUAAUAACAGUUUAUUAUUUAAUUAAAUUUUGGUAUAAUUAGCUGUCUUUGUUAGUUAAGCCGUUAUCUUUCAGCGAUAUAAAAAAUUAAGCAAAUAAACAAUUCAUCAUGUCUUCAAUAAAUGAUGCUAUUUUGUCCAAUAUCUCUUGUAAAUGUGCUGAGAAUCAUCAAAAAAGAUUUGAAUCUACAAAACUUGAUGUGACUGAUUCUGAGCCAUCAACACCAUUGUAUAAACCAAAACCUAAACUUGAAUUCUCCCAAGAAUAUAUUGAAUAUAAGAAGACACUUGCUCCUCAAAUGCAAAAUCACUUUUUGUAUCUUAUGGAGGUCAGGAAAAUUCAACAAACAAGAGAAAUUACUUGUUAUGAACGUAACGAACUAUGGGAAAAAUAUAUAAGGCAGCCUGAAUUAUCUGAUGAUGUUUCAGAUUCAUCUCCACAAGAUGAUCCUACACCAUCAGAAUUAUAUUUGCGUACUGUUAGAACUUAAAAAAAAAAGUGUGAACUUCCUGUUGAUUUACUUCAUUCAUGGUAACUUACUGUAUUAUAUAAAAAAAAAAAAAAAUUUGAAUUAUGAUCAUUUUUUGUGGUAAAACUACUUUACUUAUCAAUAAAAACUACAAAUUAAAAAAU